UCCCAUAAUUUCAAGAUUUCAAGAUUUCACCUUUCUUUUUCUUUAAAAAAAUGGCCACCCAUUCUCAGUUAUCACCCACCAUCAGAUUCUUACUACCACUACUCAUCCUGCAAUGCAUCACCACCACCCUUGCUCAAGCUCCGGCUCCGGCACCGGCUGGCCCCACCAACAUUACCAAGAUUCUUGAAAAAGCCGGCCAAUUCACCACCCUCAUCCGCCUCUUUGGCAUGACUCAAGUGGGUAAUCAAAUCAAUACACAACUAAAUAAUUCCAAUCAGGGAAUGACUGUAUUUGCUCCCACCGACAAUGCUUUCUCCGGUCUCAAAGCCGGAACCCUAAACUCUCUUUCCGAUCAACAGAAAGUGGAGUUGUUACAGUUUCAUGUUGUCCCAAAUUUCCUUUCUACUUCACAGUUUCAAACCAUUAGUAAUCCGCUUAGAACACAGGCCGGAGAUAGCGCCAGCAAUAAGUUUCCGUUAAAUAUUACCACCUCCGGCAACCAAGUGAAUGUGACCACUGGCGUUGUGGAUGCGACGGUGGCGAAUACGAUCUACACCGAUGGUACUCUUGCAGUGUAUCAGGUGGACAAAGUGUUGUUACCCAUGAGCUUGUUUGGUCCACAGUCUCCUGCUCCGGCACCGGAGCCUGUGAAAAAGAAGAAAUCCGGCAGCGAUGACGAAACUCCGGCAACCGAUGACGGUAGUGCCAGCGCCGAUGCUUCUGGUGCCGUUAGUUUUGGCGCUCACUUGCAUGGCUUGAUCGUGGGAUCCAUAGAAGCGAUUGCGUUCAUCGGAAUGUUUUAUUUGUGAAAAUAGACGGUCACGAUGAUGACAGAUCGGAUAUGCGGGUGGGCCCAGUUUUUGAAUUUAUUCUUUGGAGGGCAAUUAUAGAGUGCGAUGCUUGCUUUUUUGAAUUAUUACAACCUAUGUCAUCUGUGCCAUCCAUUUUGUUACUGUACUUGGGUACGUUCGAUUAAUUGAAUUUUAUAUACUUUUUGGUUUUACA